AUGAACAGGGGAGGGCAGGGUGUGGCUUUUGUGGAGCAGAAGACCCAGAUUGGAGCAGAUGGGCUGAAUGGGAGGGGGAAGGGAGUCAGGAUGAAGUUGAGCCAGUCGUCACGGCACUCGCUGUCCGCAGUCCUGAACUCGGCCGGACUCCUGGCCUCCGUCUGCGCCUUCGGCACCAGCUACUGGUGCGUGGGCACCCACAAGGUGGUAAAGCCGCUCUGCCUCUCUGCCACCCGUCUGGCCAACUGCGCGGCGGCCAACAGCACCCUGCCCCCCAACACCACCCUCCGCCAGCUGGUGCAGUACGUCUGGGAGACCGGGGACGACCGCUUUGCCUUCCGGAGCUUCCACACGGGAUUCUGGCAUUCCUGCGAGGAGCACGACAAGGGAGUGAAAUGUCGGAGCUUCAUUAACCUGACUCCAGAAUCUGAACUCGGCGUGCUGUGGUUCGCCAUCGCCGCGGAGACCCUGUUCAUCGCCCUGCUGAGCCUUGGCUUCCUCCUCAUGUGCCUGGAGCUCCUCUACUCGGGGACCGCGGUGGAUAGGCUGAAGAUCAACUCCUUCGCCGCCGUCUUCACCAUCCUGUCCGGACUCCUUGGCAUGGUGGGACACAUGAUGUACACGACGGUGUUCCAUGUUACAGUCAACUUGGGACCAAAGGAUUGGAAACCACAGUCCUGGGACUAUGGGUGGUCGUUCCACUUGGCCUGGUUCGCCUUCAGCUGCUGCAUGGUCUCCGCUGUCACCAGCCUCAACUCCUACAGCAAGACAGCCGCCCGGGUGAGGGGCUCCAAGCGUGGCCAGGGGGGCCAGAGGCCAGGACCCCACCUCCUGCUCGACCCCGACCAGGCCCCCUUCCUCUGGGAGCGCUCCGUCUUCUCGCUGGAGGGGGGCUCGGAGGGGGAGAGGGGGAGGGGGAGUGGGAACGCCGACCCCGCCGACCCGCUGGAGGAGGGGGAGGAGGCUUGUUAA